CGAACAUACUCGUUCCGGAGCACCCGCCGCACGGCAUUUGACGUCGCGCGACCGUCGAAGAAGCUCGCCCCAAUAACAGGUGCAUCCACUGUCCGGACAGCAGCUAACGAGAAUAAAAAAAAUGUCCAUCUCGGAAUUCAGGCGGAAAAAACUUCUCUACGUGUUCAAUGUCUUCUUUGACGUCAAUCAGAGCGGCACAAUAGAGAGGAAAGACUUCGAGCUCGCUAUAGAGAAAAUCUGCAGCCUGCGAGGGUGGAAGCCUGGUGACCCAAAGCACAAGGAGACUCACGAGAUCAUGAUCAGCGUGUGGGACGGGCUGCGGAAGAGGGCUGACUCCAACAAGGAUGGACAGGUCUCAGUGGAAGAAUGGGUGUCGAUGUGGAACGAGUAUGCCCUCAACCCAUCGGCGGCUCUGAAGUGGCAGCAGCUGUACUGCCACUUCAUGUUCCAACUAGAGGACGCCAGUGCUGACGGCUCCAUCGACAGUGAUGAGUUUACCACCGUCUGCUCCUCAUAUGGCAUCGACCCUCAGGAGUGCAAGAUUGCUUUCUCUAAGAUGGCUAAGGGCAAAGCCAGCGUCUCAUGGGAAGAGUUCCAGGAACUGUGGAAGGAGUACUUCUCAACUGAGGAUCCUAACGCUGCCGGAAACUUCAUAUUCGGCAGGACAAGCUUCUAAGCACCAGCAGCGUCGACGACUUCGGAGCCGAUGGAAAUGGGAGGCUAACACCUGGGUGACAUGAAUUCGCUUUAAACUUCUCCAAAUUGCAUGAUAAUUGGGGCGUGAUUAGAUCUCUUUUGGAAAUUCUCUUUUUUAUGACGACUUAUUGGAUGGAGAUUUGCCGCAAAUGACAUUAACUACUUGGCCGGACAAAUAGGGAGCGCUGAGGGCUGUAAGCCGGUUGAAAUUCACUCCUUCUUAUAUCGUGUUGGUAGUAACGUUGAUAACUCUAGUGUCAGGGUUAUUAAUAAGCCCCUAAAGGCCUUUAAAAUAGCUCAUAUAUUGAUUACUUUUUUCGAAUUUCAAAAUUAUGUGGUCACUUUAAUUUAAACCUUUGCGACGUAAACAAAAGAUGUAAUAUUGCAUGUGUGCUCUUAAAUCUUUACGGAAUUCUUCACGCCCUCUAUGUUACAUUUAUCUUAACUAUUAAUUGUUUAGUACAUUCCGAAUUUGAUUUGGAUCUUACUAAGUGUGAAAAAAUAUCACCUUUUUAAAGCAAAGACCUCCCAAUUACAAAAUAUUUGGGCCCAGGUUAGCUAAAAGAAGCUUUGGAUAAUUGUGUGAGUGACACAUAAUGUUAAAAAUUUUACGUGUGUGUGUUCAGAAUAUAUAGAAUAAUUCAUUCUCUUAAUAGUGGAUCAAAAGAUUUAAAACUAACUACAUCUUUUUCAAACAUUUUAAGCUCAACGUUUAGAACUUUGUCCUUAGGAUUUGAAUCUUAUGACAACGAACUUUCACUAUUUCAUUAUUCACAGUGCAUUUUGAUAUAAGUAACAUUAAAACAUCUUAAAAGACGUAUGUAUGUAUUUUAAAAACAUCACCAUACCCGAGCCGCCGC